CUAUAUAUUUGUGAAAUCAGUUUGAUAUAUUAGACUUGUGUUUAGGCUUUUCCCACUUAGACUCUAUUGUAGUUCUAAUAGCCCAUGAUCAGAGAUGCCAGGCUGAGAGUUUAACUGAACUCAAUUCAACAAACAUCCAUUAAAGACCAACUAUAUGCCAGGCUUGGGGAGGAAACAAAAGGACAAAACCAAAGCAGCCCAUGACCUCAAGAAGCUUGCAGUCAAAUAGAGGGAAAGCCACGCACACAAUUGUCAUAUAAGGAAGAGUGAAACAAAUGCAAAAGAGUGAUCCACAUAAAUGUUAGUAUAAGUUUGAGGAAAGAAAUAUGAUUUUUUCUUAUGGAGUGGGAAGAGGCAGGCUUCGUGGAAUAAGUGAUAUUGGCAUUAGACAUUGAAUAAAGAGGCAGAUAGUAUGAGGUUGUAGGUGGGGCCCACCUAUGGAGAAUGGGAUGAAAGGGGACAAAAUCAGAGUAGGGGGGUAGAGAGUAGUCCACUUUGCCUAGCAAAUGGUGCAUAUAAAAGGGAUAAGAUUGGAAAGCUAACUUGGAGCCAUGAUGGGAAGUCCCUUCCUAAGGCAUUCAGCUGGGACUCAGAAUUUAGCAUUUACUUUUUUAGACACUCAGAAGGGAACUUAGAGAUCAUUUCAGAAUUGAUGAAAUAAAGCCCAGAUAGGUAAAAUUCCACUAAGGAGGCGUUUGUUCUGGCAUUUGCAACUUCUUAUAUAAGAUAUAAAAUGUUUGAUUAUCAUUUAAUGCCAGUGAUUCCCAGAACGAUACAAGAGAUCCUAUUCAGUGCAAUUUUAAGCUUUAAUAACCACUAAAACUUGUGAGAUCUCUGUGUAUCCAGCCCUCCAUCUCUCUUCUGAGCUCCAAUCCCCUAUCUCCAACUGCCUAUUAGACAUUUAGAACUGAAUGCCCCACAGUCAUUUCAAAUUAAGUAUGUCUAAAGCAGGCUUGCCAGAUAGUAAGUAUGGGAGGCUUGAUUCAAACUCAAGGUAUUCAUGACCCCUGGCCUGGUAAUCCAUCCCAACGUCUCUCAUAUAUGCCUCCUUCUUCUCAUUCACAAAAUCACCACUCAAUUCAGGUUGGCAUCAUCUCCAGUUGGACUACUGCUAUAGCACUGAUCUUUUUUGCUUUAAAUCUCUCUCCACUCAGAUGCCAAUAGGAUCUUCCUAAAAGCUCAUGUCUGUCCAUGUUACUCAAUAAACGCUACUGGCUUCCUAUUACCUCCAGGAUCAAAUAUAAAUCCUUGAUUUGGCAUUUAAAGCUCUUCACAGCUUGGCCUUUUCCUACCUUCCCAGUGUUAUGACAUGUUACUGCCUGCUACAUAUUCUGUAAUCCAAUAUACUGGCUUACUUACUGUUUCUUUCUUUUUUUUUUUUACAAUGUUAAAAAAAAAAACUUAUAUAGCCUGACAAAAACUUAAAAUCAUACAAAUGAGUCCUAAAUGCUUGCUCGCACCUCAAUAGUCAUAGGAUGUCUCAGCUGUCAGAGACCUUAGACUUUAUCUGAGCUAGUGCCUCAUUUUACAGAAGAGGCAAGUGAGAUUCCAAAAUAUUGAAGCAGCCCUGAUUAUAAUGCUUGGCCGCAACUUCUUGCCUUCCAAUCCCGUGUUUUUUACACCAAGCUGCCAUGUGAGUUCUAUAUGGUUUUUAUGUUCUAGUUAAACACUGCAUCACAAAAACAAGAGACCUUUUUACUUGCAGCAAACACUCCAUCUGCCAUCUGUAUGCAUUUGUACUGGCUGUCCUGCCCACGCCUGGGGGACUCUCCCUUGGGACCUCCACUUGUUAGUGUUCCUUGCUUCCUUCAAGUGUCAACUCAAAUCCUCCUUUCUGCAAGAAGCCUUGGCAAGUCCCCUUAGCUGCUUCCUCAUUGAGAUUUUCUUCCCUGUGUUCUGUAUAGACUGUAAAUGUACCUAGUAAUUUACAUGUUGUCUCCUCUAUUAGAAUGGGAACUCCUUGAGGGCAAGGAUGAUUUUUAUCCUUUGUUUGGACCCUCAGCACUUUGGACAGUGCCAGGUACCCAGAAGAAGCUCUGUCCCCAGCCCACACAGGGCCUCUCCCAUCUUGAACCUUCAGGAACCUGUCUACUCAAAUUCAUCUGCCCAAAUGGAACUGGUGCCAAUAUAUGGUAAUGUGAAUCCUGUAAUUAAGGACACAGUCUAUUCUGAGCUCUGGAGCACUGAGCAGGGAAAAACACGUAAAGCAAACAACACAAAGAACCCUCCCGAGGAGAAGGACUCCUCAACUGUCUAUGCUAAGGUGAAGAAAGAUCAACCUGGAGAUUCAGAAAAAGCCAAGGCUGAAGAUAGAAGUCAAGAUGGUGCCAGCAAUUAUGAAAAUGUGAAGUUCUCCUGACCCCUCAGUGACAACUGGACCCACACCCAACUUGUUCUUCCAUAUAGGUCCAUAAGGCAGUUCUUUCCCUAAGUUCAAAACUUCACCUUAAGCAUACACAAAAGUGAAGCCAUCUAAUUACUCAUUUAGGUUUUCAUUAUGAAAGGAAGUUGAGUCACCUACACUGGGCCUUUCCCUUCUGGCCCAGCACAUUCACCCAGGAAACCAAAUAACAAAACAAAAAGUUGUUUAAUAAAUGCAAAAAUAAAUCAGAGGAUCUGAA